AUGGCGUCCUUGUCAGACACGAAUCUGCCCACAACUGAGGAGCACCAAGCACACUACAUCGGCAUCGAUGUCGGUACAGGCUCUGCUCGAGCCUGCAUCAUCGAUUCGUCAGGAGAGAUCAAGGGGCUGGCCGCUCAGGAAAUCAAGCUAUGGCAGCCCGUGAGCGGGUAUGAGGCAUCGCAUUAUGAGCAAUCAACCACAGAUAUAUGGGAUGCGAUCUGCUACUGUGUCAAGAAAGUCGUUGCAGACUCUUCCGUCAAGGCAGACAGUAUCAAGGGUGUCGGUUUCGAUGCGACUUGCUCCCUAGCAGUCUUCACUCACGACACAGAUGAGCCAGUCCCCGUUACCGGGCCGGACUUCGCCAACGAUGGCAAUGACCGCAACGUCAUCCUCUGGCUCGACCACCGGCCGAUCGAGGAGACGGAGAAGAUCAAUGCGACCGGCCACAACCUUCUCCGCUACGUCGGCGGCACAAUGAGCGUGGAGAUGGAGAUCCCAAAGGUGCUCUGGCUCAAGAACCACAUGCCGCCCGAGCUGUUUGACCGCUGCAAGUUCUACGACCUCGCGGACGCAUUGACACACCUAGCGACUGGCAACGAUACCAGGAGCUAUUGCAGCACCGUCUGCAAACAGGGUUUCGUGCCCGUGGGAGUCGACGGCAGUGUCAAGGGAUGGCAAGAGGACUUUUACCACUCUAUCGGCCUGGGUGACUUGGUGAAGGACGACUUCAAGCGCAUGGGAGGUGUUGACGGGGUGAACGGCACGUACACAAGCGCAGGAGAGCUUGUUGGACCACUGUCCGAGAAGGCUGCCUCGCAGCUCGGCCUGCCCGCUGGCAUCGCCGUAGGGAGUGGCGUCAUCGAUGCGUAUGCCGGAUGGAUCGGAACCGUGGGUGCUAAGGUCAAGCUCGGUCCGGACCACCUUGAUGAGGAUCACGCCAAGAACGACGUAAGCCAGGCCUUCACCCGGCUCGCCGCCGUGGCGGGGACGUCGACCUGCCACCUCGCCAUGUCCAAGGACGCCGUCUUCGUCCCUGGUGUUUGGGGCCCAUACCGAGACGUGCUGAUCCCAGGCCACUGGAUGGCGGAGGGCGGGCAGUCGGCGACGGGCGAGUUGCUGAAGUACAUGCUCGAGACGCACCCAGCGUAUACCGAAACACUGGCCAGCGCGAAGGCUCUCGGCAAGAACAUUUACGAGUUCCUCAACGACAGCCUGCACGAGCUGCACAAGAGGAUGGAAGCCCCGUUCAUGGGCUACCUCACGCGCCACUACUUUUUCUACGGCGACCUCUGGGGCAACCGGUCGCCGAUCGCCGACCCCAACAUGAGAGGCGCGGUGAUCGGCAUGAGCAGCGACAAGACGCAGGACGGGCUGGGGCUGCUGUACUACUCGGUGAUGGAGUUCAUCGCGCUGCAGACGCGGCAGAUCAUCGAGAAGAUGAACGAGUCCGGGCACACGAUCCUGAGCAUCUUCAUGUCGGGCAGCCAGUGCCAGAACGACAUCCUCAUGGACCUCAUCGCCACGGCGUGCGACAUGCCGGUGCUGGUGCCUAAGUACGUCAACGCGGCGGUCGUGCACGGGGCGGCGAUGCUGGGGGCCAAGGCUGCCAGCGCGGACGAGGACGGCAAGACGGAGCAGCUGUGGGACAUCAUGGACCGCAUGAGCAAGCCGGGCAAGACGGUCCGAGCGGACAAGGACCCGGCCAAGAAGAGGCUGCUGGAGGCCAAGUACAAGGUGUUCCUGGAGCAGUGCCGGACUCAGCGAGAGUACAGACAGCAGGUUGACGCAGCCCUCAAGGACAUCGUGAACGGUGGCCCGAACGGGAAGUAG